UAUCAUAUCUGGGCAGGAAGUGAAAUUAAAAUGCAGUUUUAAUGCCUGGCAUUUAUCAUCCAGAGGGGCCUGGGACACUGGGACACCCUGGUCCAACGGGACACCCUGGCCCUGGGGGACACCAUAUGGAUGGUCCCAAUGGACCACCUGUGGGUGCAUAUCCUCCUAACGCACACAGGAGUUUAAGCAGAGAUCAGCUUGCGCGUGCUCUUUCCCUAGGAUCAGCUAAUAGAUCUAUGUUUAGGGACUAUUCACUGCCCGGAAACAUGUUCAAUGGAAAUUAUGGCGGUUUACCGGGACAUCCAGGAAAUCCGGGAAAACAUGGUCAUCCACCCGGACACCAAGGAAAUCUACUCGGACACCCAGGACAUGUUAGACAUCAUGGAAACACUGCACAAGGACCUUCCAGCCUUCCUGUUCAUCCAACUCAUCAACCCUUGAAGAAACAACUCUCCGCCAAGGAACUGACAGGUGCCCCACUAAUCAGCUAUAUGCCCAGAAAUAGGAAAGUGAAGAAAAAAAUGAGUGAUCCUAUGCUCCGCAACCGUCACUGUUCCCAGCCCAGUUCUAAUUUCUACUUGGGACAGAAUCUUUACAGAAACAUGUAUCUUCAGGAUGUUUAUCAUAACCCAGUGUUUGCUGUUCAGUCAACUCCUGUUUCUUCGGUCAAUCAUUACACUCAUCUUAGAAGGGAGAGUGUGGUAUCUACGUCCUGUGACACCUUGUCUGACUCCUACAGUUUGUCAAGUGAUGAUCUGGAUAAUUUUCUACCAAGGAUAAUUAAACCUAGAAGAAGGCGAAAGAAGGAGAAAAAAGAGAAAAAGGAGAAGAAGGAGAAGAAGAGAAGGGCUGAGGAGGAGAAGGAUGAGGCUGAAAACUGUCUGGGAUCUGAGAAACAAUGGUUGCCCCAGGGCCUCCUAUCCGCAGAGUCAAGUUUUGAUUCGAGAUCUGAAUCUGGAAGUUCUGAAGAUGAUUCACCAGUUCGACCCAAACUUAGCCACACCCUUUCAGUCCCCGCCUACUCCACCUACUCAAACUUCUCCAGCUAUCCCAGCCUAGAGGCGGGCAUUAGUAGACCCGCCCCCCGUCUUUCUAUCACCAGUGAUUACAGUAGUUUGAACAGUAAUCAUAGUGAUACACAGCCGUCAUCAUCUACAGAUCAUCUGUUUGAUUCUGACUCCUCUAGAUCUGAAUAUGAAACAAGGGAGAAAGGAGUGAGGGAAACCCCACUGGUUGGUGGGGAAAAUGAGGAUGAGGGGGGAAAUCAUGAACAUGGGGAAAAUUCUCCCCCUUUUCCCCUGGAGAAACCUGCCUUAAAAGAAACACGAUCUAUCAGUUCUUCAUUUUUCAGAUCCCCUAAGAUGAUACACAAGCUUGAGACCAGCGAGAAAAGAACAAAAAGAAUUUUAAGAAAAACUAAUUCUUGGCAUCAGGCAACUCAACAGGAUGAUCCGAGGGCAUCUUUCUCCCUCUUCUCUCCGGCAGGAUCUAUAGAUCUUUUAUCAGGAAUCAGAAAGCAUCUAAGUAAACUGGAUUUAAACAUGUUGGAAGAUUAGAAAACAACAGAGGAAUAAA